AUGUCAGAGGCUUGCGAAACUCACCAACAGCCGAACGCAGAUAGCGAUCAAGAAGAAGAUGAUGUGGUACGUUUGGAGGAGAGGAAUGUGCUAGAAGACAUUGAUGCUUGCUCAAAAAGCCUUGUAGAAAGACUCUUUACAGAGAAGACAUUUUCAAUAGGAACUCUGGACAAUACUUUUAAUGCAAUUUGGGAAAGACCACAAGAAUUCAGAGUUGCUGAUAUGGGAAAUAACCAUUUUCAAUUUUUCUUCGAUAAUGAAGUGGAAGCAAUCAGAAUUGAAAAGGGUUUUUCUUGGCUUUUCAAGGAUUAUAUACUUCAUAUUCGAAGAUGGUCAGAAGAGGAUACUGCUGAAGCAAACAAGGUGGGAAAGGUAAUUGAUAUAGACUUCUUCGAUGUCAGAGGUAAGGAGUCGAGGAUUAUCAAAACAAAGAUAGAGAUCAACGGGGAACAACAAAUUAAGGACAGCCUGAAAAUUGCGGGGCCAGAUAAAAGUUAUGUGAAAAUCAGGCUGCGAUACGAAAAAAUUGAAAAGUUUUGUACUUAUUGUGUGCUCCUUGGUCAUGAAUCUAAAGGUUGUAGUGCCAUGAUUUGGGAUUCUAAGGAGGGGGCAGUGACUCAAGACCGAAUAGGUGAUUGGGUUCGUGCAAAUCAAGUUGGUAGAAGAAUAGACUGGGACGAGGACAUGGCCAGUGCAAAAUCAAGCUUUACAGGCUCGAAUGAGGCUAAACCAAGAAGGAAACCAGCUCUGGCAUGA